GUAAAUGGAGAGCUAUGUACAUAUAUGUAGGCAGAGUCUAAGUUGAUAAGUCUCUCGCACGCAAUACAAAUUAAGUUUGAUACGCCUGAAAGAGGAAACCGCAAGUAAACAUUUAUUAUAUAAAUAUGUCUGAGCCCCGGCUAAAAUUCGUAUUCGACUUCAAGAAGUUGAAGCAGACGUUCGUCGAGCUCUGUCCAGAUUUCAAGGAGGAGCCCGAUUAUGAGAAGGCCACUGUUAGUCGUCGCUUCGCCCAGGAGGUGAUCUUCACCUACAGCAAGGAGGCCGCUGCAGCCAAAUCCCAGAAGAAGGACGUGUCCUGGACGUUGCGGUUGGAUGUGGAAAAUGAAAACGGAGCUACCAUCCGUAGCGAGGUUAAGAUCCAGACGCACUGGGUCCGCGACCCGCCGCAAAACCAGCCGUUCGUGAUGCGGGGUCUCCUGCUGUUGUCCUUCAAGCAGGCCAGUCUGCUUGCGGUGGAGAAGUAUUGCCAAUUGGUUCCCCAUCAGGUGGAGCGCGGCGAGGUGGUGCUCACUCCUCUGGCUGGAGCCGUGUUCUCCAAGUUUGAGAUGACCAAGCUGGCCGAGGCUGUUGGCGAACCACUUGACAAAGUCAUAGUGGCCGUCAUCAGCAGCUGCCAAACGGAUGGAUACUAUCUGGAGCACAGUCGCUGCCACAUCGCUUUGGUUGCCCUUAUCAAGACUGUUUCGGAUUUCAAGAUGCGGUCCUCCAUCGUCAAGAAGACCAUCAAAAUGUACAAGUUGCACGGCAAGGAAUUUGACAUGGACAAGUUUAAGGUUUGGAGCACUUUCCUAAGGAAAUCGGCUCCUGCAAAGCGCCAGGAUGACAGCGAUGGUGAUGACUACGACAAGCUGGCCGAGCAGGUUCUGGCCUUUAACCUUAACAGCAAGGAGGAGAAUCGCAAACCAAAAAUGCCGAUGAAGUGUGCAGCUAAUUUUCCGGUUCCGAAAUCAGGAACCGAAAAGGUUUGAAAUAUCCCAAGAAAUUCUAUUUAGAAUGAAAACGGACUUAAAACGCCUGAGAAUGGCCGUGCCAUUCUUCAUUACAUUGAACGAACCAACUGUAGAAAUUCCAAAUUGGAAUACUUUGUAUGAUGUAUUAGAAUAUUCAAUAGAUGUUAUCUGUCUUUUGUAUAAACAUUUUAAAACUAUCUCAAUAAAAUGCAGUUCUUUUCGUUUCAAUGUAA